CUGAGAAGGCGGAAGCAAAGCAAACAUGGACGCUAGCAAGAAAGUCUUCUUGGUCGUCGCUCUUUCGGAGUACAAACAACUUUUAGACAAAUAUUCUCUGCACCUGAAGAAAAACUCCGAGGAGGAUGAAAGACGCAGAAGGAUACUCAUAUCCACGAUACUGCGGUCAAGGCAGCAGGUCAUCCUGAAGACUGGGACUGCGUGGGAGGAGAUGCAGAACAUGGAUGAGCGCACGUUUUCUCGCCACUUCCGAGUCUCCAAGCCGCAGUUUGAGUAUCUGGCGAUGAAGCUGCAGGUGAGCGGACUGGAGAAGGAGCACUGCCAGGGUCUGGCUCCCGUUCCCGUCACAAAAAAGGUCCUCAUGUUCUUGUGGUACAUGUCCAACCAGAGCAGCUUCAAAGAGAUGUCAGAGACGUUCGAGGUGUCGCAGUCGACGGCGCACAGGGUGAUCUCGGAGGUGCUGAACACCGUGUGCACGUUGGGCCCGACCUUUGUCUCGUGGCCAGAUGCUUGUGAAAAAGCAGCGUCUGCGGCCGCGUUCCACCGCCUCUGCGGCCUCCGCGACGUCAUCGGUGCGAUCGACGGGUGUCACAUUCGAGUGCAGAGGCCGCCUGUGAGAGGAGGAGACUACAUGAACUGCAAGUCCUACUACUCUGUCCUCCUGCAGGGGAUCGUAGACGACAGGGGGCGCUUCCUCGACAUCUUUGCGGGACCACCAGGCAGAGUUGACGACACCACGAUGCUGAGGGCGUCCAGCUUCUACGAUGGCUGGCAGGAGAAGAUGGGUGAGUACAGGCUGCUGGGAGACGGCGCCUACACGGGACACGGCUUCCCGUUUGUCGUCAGUCCUCGGAGCGAGAGCGAGAAUCUGACUGAAGCGGACGAGCUGAGGAACUGCAGGAUUGGCCGCGGGAUGGCGGUGGCCGAGGAAGCUUUCGGACGCCUGAAGUGCAAGUGGAGGCGCCUUCGGGAUCUGAGGAACACCCGCAUUGACGCUGUGGUGAUGACCGUCAUGGCAGCGUGCUUCCUACACAACAUGUGUAAUGGGACUUUGGAAAUAUGCCAGGAGCAUCCACAGGGCUGCCCGAGGCAGGGGGACGAAAAUGAAGAGAUCAUUUGUCUUACUGUUUGAUCUGUGAAGCUGUGGUUCCGUCGGGGUACGGACCGGGUUUGGAACGGUAAAGUCCUGGGUCAGGCUGUGCCCCAUGGCUCUGGAGCGUGAUGUCCUACUGGUGUGACAACAACGCAACACUUCUUUUCCUUCUUAGUGGUAGAUUGCUAUUUAAAACUGCCUCAGAAUCCAUGGGAUGUUCACACCAGUCGCAAGGGAGUGACGUUUUUCUCUCCACCCUGACUGUACUGUACCAUUUUACUCUGACGCCCCAAAGAUCAGGGUACCAGAAUGGAACAGUAGAGGGCGGGGCUGAUUAUUUUGGUGCUAUUCCAAAUAGAAAACGGCAAAAGAAACAAGCACUGUACUAAACGGGUUGUCGUUUAGUAAAGUCUGCAAAGUCUGGCUUCCCUCGCUGUGAAAGGAUGAAGAAUACAAGAAUACGUCUGAGCUGCUUGUGCUGUUUAAGUUUUAUAAGUAUAAAAAGUUCUAUAUAUUAAGGGUUAUUUGCAAAAUGCUAUAUUGUGAUACACUCACUCUAGUGCUGUUGUGAGUGAGCACAUGGCGCCAUCUAGUGGACUAAUUUAUGAUCGUCCACAAGAUUAAUGUUUAUCUGUAACAUUAGGUAAAGCGUUUAUCAUCAAAACCUGAGCUUAAGUGACUGAGCAACAGAAAUUUGAUAAUUGUAAUAAUUUGUAAAAGAAAUUGGCUGAUUAUUCUACCCAAUCGAUAAAUCUGUGUACGGACAAGGAGUGCUGUGUAAUUUUCUCUCUUAAUUAACUGCUUUUAUUAUUAUUUUACAGCACCACAGUGAAGUAAUUAAAGGAAAACAGUCUGGA